UCCUGUUGAAUGUAGUCGUUUUAUAAAAGAGACGUUCGCUUUAAGAAGGAGGGUCUCUGAUGUAGACGUGUAAACGGAGCGCCUGUUUGUACUCAGUUCGAUGAUAUUCCAGCAACGUAGUUAGGUUUCUGAGUGGUAUUAGCAACCCAUCACACAGGAACUUGACUAAUUCAUUUCUUUUUUCUUUUCCCCCCCUUUAAACAAAAUGAACAGGAUACAGUUGAAACGAUCGAAAAUUCUCAGAAUGGCUCUAGUCGGCUCCGAUUCCGUGGAUCCGGAUGGAAAGACGGAAACAUUUUUACUGAAAGCCAUCAAAAUAGCAUUUGUGGUGGCACUUUAUUGGUUCGUUUCAAUUACCAUGGUUUUCCUAAAUAACUCUUUGUUGGAUAGCCGACAACUGGACGCUCCUUUGUUUGUUACGUUCUUCCAGUGUCUUGUGACAGUGGGGCUUUGCUGGUGCAUGUACUCUUUGUCAAAACUGUGUCCAGGUGCCGUGGACUUCCCUUCCGUCAAGUUCGACCCCAAGAUCUCGAGAGAGGUCUUGCCUUUGUCUGUCGUUUUCAUCGGGAUGAUCACCUUCAAUAACCUGUGCCUCAAAAAUCUUGGAGUUGCAUUCUACACUGUCGGGCGAUCGCUCAGCACGGUUUUUAAUGUGCUGUUGUCCUAUGUGAUACUCAAGCAAACCACGUCUUUUUAUGCGCUCUUAUGCUGUGGAGUCAUUUUGGGUGGCUUCUGGCUGGGUGUGGACCAGGAGGGAGCGGAAGGGUCCCUUUCCUGGUCAGGAAUCGUGUAUGGGGUGUUGGCCAGUAUGUGCGUGUCCCUGAAUGCUAUCUACACCAAGAAGGUGCUGCCAGUGGUGGACGGCAGCAUAUGGAAGCUCUCCUACUACAACAACAUCAACGCCUGUCUCCUCUUCAUCCCGCUAAUAGCCAUCUUUGGGGAGGUGACCAAGCUGUACAAUUCCAGCAAACUGGGUGACUGGAAUUUCUGGGGUAUGAUGACCCUUGGUGGCGUGUUUGGGUUUGCCAUUGGCUAUGUCACAGGGCUUCAGAUCAAAUUCACCAGUCCUCUGACGCACAAUGUGUCUGGCACCGCCAAGGCUUGUGCUCAGACUGUCCUGGCAGUACUGUAUUACGCCAGUGUAAAGAGCUUCCUGUGGUGGACAAGUAAUGCCAUGGUUUUGGGUGGCUCCUUUGCCUACACAUGGGUCAAAGGGCUGGAAAUGAAGAAGACUCAGGAGGAGCCACAGCCCAGAAGUAAAACUGAUAAAAAUGAUGCAGGUGUAUAGAAAGGGGACCCUGAGGUAUGACUUAUGGAUGUGUAUGAAGUAUGAUGAAAGAAUGUAAAGACUCAUGAGUCUUUUCUCAAGCAAUGUAGGUUUAGAGGUGGCCUUCCUCAUUCAACCUGAU